UGAAGUGAAACUAAAAUUUUUUUGGAAUUUUUUAAAAUAAAUUAAAAAUUUACACAAAAAAAACUUAGUAGAAAAACUAAUAUUACUAAAACACCUUUAUACAAAAAUUAAAUCAAAAAAAUAAAACAAACAAAAAAAAAAAAAAAUAAUAGAUAAAAAAUGGCAUCCGAGGUAAGUCAGACACCAGUUACCGAAAAUAAGGUUGCUGAAGAGGCGGCGGUGACCAAGCCAGAAACAACAGCUACAGAAACAGUAGCAGCCAAGGAGAAUAACGCUGAAAGCAAUGGUGCCGAUACAGCGAACAACGCACAGGAGAAAGGCGACGACACAAAGGCGUCGGCCGGUGAUGAUACAAAGAAAGAUGGAGACAAUGUUACUACUGCAACAGUAGCUAACAGCAAAACCGAACCAGCACCAAAGUUCAAUGUGCAUAAAACGAACUUUGAGAAGGAUGUAAUAUAUCUGUAUCAGUUUUCCCGCACUCCUUUGCUGCCAUCGUUAUCACCAUAUUGUCUAAAAGUUGAAACCUGGCUGCGUCUGGCAGGUCUCAAAUACGAGAAUGUUGAUCAUAAAAUGCGUUUCCGUUCAAAGAAGGGCCAAUUACCUUUCAUUGAAUUGAAUGGUGAGGAAAUCGCUGAUUCAGCCAUUAUUAUCAAGGAACUAUCAGCUCGAUAUGAUAAGAAUUUGGAUGCUGCUCUUACAACAGAGCAACGAAAUGUGUCAUAUGCCAUGAUUGCAAUGUUGGAGAAUCACUUGAUUUGGAUUAUCUUCUAUUGGCGCGCCAAGUAUCCCGAUAAUGUACUGAAAGGAUAUAAAGUGAAUUUGCAACACGCACUCGGCUUGCGUUGGCCAAACUCGAUUUUGAAUUUUGUAUUUAAAUUCACUUUUGGACGAAAGUGGUUCCAGGGUUCAAAAAAAUUGAAGGCUCACGGCAUCGGUGUACACAGCCCCGAAGAGAUUGAAGAAUUUGGCAAGAACGAUUUGAAGGUGUUGAGCGAAAUGUUGGAUUGCAAGCCAUUCUUUUUUGGCGAUGAGCCAACCACUUUGGAUGUGGUUGCGUUUGCCAUAUUGUCGCAGCUGCAUUACUUGUCGAAGGAUAUCUCGUAUCCGCUACGUGAUUUCAUGACCGAAAAGUGUCCCAACUUAGUGGGUCAUGUGUCGCGAAUGAAGGAGCGAUGCUUCCCGGAUUGGGAUGAGAUUUGCACAAAAUUGGACUUGAAUGCUCAUAUUCCAAAGCCAGAGCCUGAAACAAAGGAGGGCAAAGAGGGUGAACCCGAGAAAUCGAAUGAGCAGGAGAAUGAUUCCGAUAAGAACGAGAAAGAAUUGGAAAAAGACAAGUCGAAUGAAAAGGAAAUCACAGAGGAGAAUAAGGAGAAGGAAGAAACAAAGUAAAUAUCGAUGUCGAUAAGCUUAGGACAACUGUAAAGGACAUGCAUUUAAAAUAUAAAAUAAAACAGAAAAAAAUAAUCACACACAAAAAAGUAUAAUACAAUAAAAUUUGAAAAACCUUUUUUAUAUAUAUAUAUAUAUAUUACGAUUAGCAUAAAAUUAUAAAAAAAUAUACAUAAUGUAUAAGAAAUUGCAAUUAGUUAAAGGCGAAAUAACUUCUGACGAUGAAGGAUGAUUCUAACUGCUAAUUUUUGUUUAUUUUACAUUUUCGUUUAAAUGUUCUUUUUUUUAUUGUAUAAUUAUAUUGUUUACUUCCAAAAACAAACAAAGGGAAAAAAACACAAUUGAAAAGAAAUCAUGAAAACAACAAAAGCAGAAAUGCAUUAAACCUAACUGUAAUUAAGUUUAUUUUUCUAUAAUAUAUUAAUUUGUGUGCAAAUAUAAAAUAUGUAAUUAAAAAGAAAUUGUAUCGUAUGAACAUUGUGUUUUGAAUGUUGACUAAAACAAAAGCAAAAACGAAACAAAACAAAUUAAAACGCUGCUACAAGAGUUACAUAUAUAUAAGUUCUUUUCCAGAAACAAACAAACACAUUAAAUAUUGUGUAAAAGAAACUAAAGCAUAAAUUUAAAAAAAAAAAAACUAAAAAAUACUCAAUAUUCGAAAUAUCACAAAAAUCAUUACAAGCGUGAAUAGUUACAUUAAUACGAGCAUACAUAUGUAUGUACAUACUACAAAGCGUAGUAUACCAACAAGAACAAAUAUACAUACAACCAUAAGAACGAAACAUUACCACACCUGCAUAGACAAACAUACACAUACAAACGCGCAUACAUCAAGUUCACACACUCACAUGCAUAAAAUAAAAUCGCAUACACCCACACAUACAUAAAUGCAUAAAAGAUAAUGCAAAUUGUUAGCGCUAUUGGCUUUGUUUUUUAUUUUUUUUUUUAUUUUUUGCUCAACGUAUUUAUUU